AGUUUGUUAUCAUGUCACGAUAACGUUCGCCGUAACAACGGUCCCGGCAAGUCGUACGGUCCGUUGACUUCGCCAACUGAAAAACUACCCGAAACAGUGACUCGUUGUGGGUGCAUUGUUUUUUCUUGAAUGGCGUGUGGAUUUUCAUUAACUCAAAUGAGGCAGUUUUGCUGAUUGUUGACUCAGAGGGCCGGUUAUGUCCAUCGAAAACGACCAUUUUUAUAAAACGUGUGUAUCACUUUUACGCGUUGUUCAACUGAGUACCGCUCCAUAACUAAGUUUGCCAAGGUCCGUAGUACCAAUUGUCUGAAAAAGGUAUAAUUAAGAAAAAACAUUAACAUGUUACAAAUAAUUGCUGUCAAAGAUCUGUAUCACUCUUGAAUCAACCUAUAUGUAUGUAUAUAUGUAACGUGUACUUAACCCUUUAGAACUACCUUCUGGAUCUGAUGGAGAACGUUUACAAAGACAUUUCGCCGAAUAAUUUCACAGAGGAUGCCGACGGAGGGGAGGAUAUGUUGAAAUUGAUUAAACGUGUCGAAAUAUUGUCCAUGGCUUGCCAUCUCGGCCAUCGUCAUUGCGUAUUGGAGAGCGCACGUCACUUUCACAAUUGGAUGGAGGUGGCCAAUCCGGACAACAAUAAUCCAAUUCCACCGAAUUUGCGUGGCAUUGUUUAUUGCACAGCAAUUCAAUAUGGCAGCGAGUACGAAUGGGAAUUCGCUUUCCAACGCUAUCGCAGUACUACAGUCUCAACCGAAAAAGAACUACUACUCAGCGCACUCGGCUACUCCCUUGAACCGUGGAUAUUGGCGCGCUACUUGCGACGCUCAAUCAGUGGUGAAGACAUUCGCAAACAAGACGUAUAUAGGGUAUUUGCGGCAGUGUCGGGCAAUGUGGUGGGCCAGCAGAUCGCCUUUGAUUUCAUGCGUAAUAACUGGGAGGAGAUCAAGACAUACUUGGGUUCCACCAUGUCCAAUCUGAAUAUGAUUUUGAAAUUUGCCACAAAACGCAUGAAUUCGAAAUUUUUCCUCACUGAAUUGGAGUCUUUUAUUAAAACGGAUGUUAAAGAUAAUGGCCGGUCCAUUCAACAAAUUCUCGAACAGGUGCGUAUCAAUGUCGAUUGGAUGUCCCGCAACUACCAGGAUAUCAUCGCAUGGUUAAAGCUCGAGGCGUCAGCAAGGCAACGAAGGGAUGGUACACCGAAAGUAGCUCACUAAUUGAUAAUCAAAUUUGUUUUUAAAUAAAAUUUUGUGUGUUCUUAUUGUUGUAAAAUAAUGGUAAAUAUUUUACAUUUCCACGUGAAAAGUGUAAUUUAAUUCUGUGUUGCGAAGCCAAUGUAAACAUUUUUAAGUAUUCUAAGUAAUUUUUAUAAAAUUACAGUAUGUGUGUUAGUAAACUAAAUCGAAUCAAAACAAAAUUUCUUAUUAAAAAAUCAUUCACACUUAUUUUGUAUUAAUAUUGUUGUAUUACUUGACAAGAGAGAACCCAGAUAUUUGUGUGUGCGAAUCAAAUUCAACUAACCGUUAUAUUUAACGCACAGCCAAACUAGCAUUGCUUUGUUAAAACGGUUGUUGUUCUGGUGGCAAAAAUGUUCCAGUCAAUCACAACAAUAAAUUUUCUUAACGUUGAACCUUUCGAUAAGAAACGUGUAUUAAUUUUGUUAAAUUGUAAAAGAUUAAAUAAAGAAGAAGAAGAUGCUAAAAAAUUGUGUUUUUAGUGCAUCUAAAGUGUUGUUUACUUUUAUUUGAGAAUUGCCGAAACCAAAGUACCCACCUUUGUUCUCUAUAUCGUGUGUUAAUCUUAUCAAAUGUUAUUAAAAUUACAUUAGUUUGCUAACAUACAUACAUACAUAUUUAUAUAUAUACAUACAUACGUACACAUUAUCUUUUAUGAAUAGUGCUAAGCAAAAUUAUAAUUAUUAUAUCAUAGGUAUAUUUUUAUUUUAACUUAAUGUGAGUGUGUAAAGUGUGUACUUAAUAUAAAUUAAAAACUUCACUAUAUUAAAAUGCAAUAUGGGUAUUCACCAACUGUUCACAACCGUCGUUGCUUGAGCUAA